UGUCAUUAUCAGGUUACACGAGCAAAUUUUCACCGAGUCUAACACGUCCUCUUGUUAUGAUGUCAGAUUCAUUCCUCGGUGAACACCGCGUGAGCCAUAUGAUCGUGUCCAUUUACUCAUAAUCCGUCACGACGACUCGAAAACACGGCAAACGCUGGCCGUUAGAAUACCCGGCCAGUGUUGGUCCUUCAAGUGUAUAAAGGCAGCUAGAAAAUUUCGGCUUAAAGGCAUUGAACAUCAAUCACCUGUUUCUGGACCUCCUCACCUGACCAUGCAUGCACACUUCAUUCUUCGCCGCCAGACUCGUUGCGCUUGCCGCUAUUGCCUCAGUUGACUCCCCGCUGGUUGCUGACCGCAAUACAACUGUUCAAUCUGGAGAUACAUGUGACGCGAUAUCCGCAAGACACAACGUUUCCACAUACCAGCUGGCGGCAGUCAACAGCAAAAUUAUCGACCCCGGUUGCGACAAUUUGUCUGUCGGAGAAGUUUUAUGCCUUGGAAUCAGCGGCCAGGAUUGCAAUGUUACCCACGUUAUGCAGACCGGCGACACGUGUCACAGCGUUGCCAAUGCGACUGGUAUCCCGAUCAACACGUUGCUCACGAACAACCCGAACGUGAACACCAUCUGCACUAACGUGUACGCUGGCGAGGUUCUCUGCACUGCGAGCCAGAUCUAUGUGAACAUCAAGUCAAAUUGAGUUGAGUGAGAUAAGAGGAUUCCUUAGAAAUUAAUUAGAACAGGACGUCAACAGAACGGCGUGGAAACUGAUUCUCCGAAAGUAAGGGAGAGAAAAACAAUACAUAGCCCUCAGUCAUUUGCGCUGUGUUCCCAGACAGAUAGAUGCGUACUGAGCUCGUCGAUCUCAACUUGUCUCCUUGAGAGUAAGUAACUAGGGGCAGACAUAGACCAGUUGCCCCGCGUGUAGCCCUUGGUGUGUUUCGAUAGGCACCACAAGACAUCGUAGAGAUUGG